CCAGUCAGUCCGUGCGGAUCGCGGCGAAGCGCAGCCUCAUCACGGAGACCGGUGCUGAGGAAAGAGGAAGGGAGGACGCCACGGAGAGAGGGAGGGCUGCGGGCGUGCGUUCGCGCGCGAGCGCGUGUGUUCGUGUGUGUGAAGGAGAGAAAGUCAGAGCCAGAGCCAGAGACGAGAAAGAUAAAGGAAAGACAGACGGAACGAUAGAUCCGUGCGUAAAAAGCGCCCCUUCUUCUUUUUCUUCCCCACUUUUCAUUAGAAAAAUAAUAAAAGUAACAAAAACAGAGAGAAAGACAGAGCGUGGAUGAAGCAAAACCUAUCGAUCAGUCAGUACUACACCUGGAUUCACUGACCGCCGCCGCAGCAGGCAUGUCCCGAAGGAAGCAGAGCAACCCCAGGCAGAUCAAACGUCCUCUGGAAGAUGGCCUGGAGGAGGAAGAAGAGGAAUGCGUCUCCGAGGAGAACGAGAUGUUGGCCAAAGACGAGUUUUCUGCGGAGGAGAACUUUACGGCUGAGUUUGAGAGCGGGAACAUGAGCUGCGAAGACAUGGACUACUUUUGCAACAAAGGAGAGGAAGACGGCAACCGAGAGGCAGGGGAAGGGGAGACGGAGGGUCAAGGCGAGAACGGCAGGCACGCCACUGUUGGGCCAGACGAAUGGGAUGGACCAAGAGAGCUGGACGCAUUCCUAAAGGAUGGCGAGCGGCGGAUUCACAGCCGGCAGCAGCUCCCUGUGGGAACCACGUGGGGACCCUUCGAGGGCAAGAUUGAGAUGAGCACUGACACCACGGCACUGAAGACGAAGAGCACGGUCCCGGUGGUGCUGAGCGCCGGCCCCAGGUGGCUGCUGGAUGUGACUUGGCAGGGAGCGGAGGACAACAAAAACAACUGCGUGGUGUACAGCAAAGGAGGACAACUGUGGUGCACCACCACCAAGAACAUGAUGGAGGGCGAGGAGCUGGUGGCGUUUGCGGUGGACUUUGACUCGCGCCUGCAGGCGGUGAACCACAUGUCUCUGAGCGAGGGCAUGUACCCCGCCCGGCUGCUGGACAGCAUCCAGCUCCUGCCUCAGCAGGCCGCCAUGGCUUCCAUCCUCCCCACCGCCAUCGUUAACAAGGACAUCUUUCCCUGUAAGGCAUGCGGGAUCUGGUUUCGGAGUGAAAGGAACCUGCAGGCACAUCUCAUGUACUACUGCAGCGGACGGCAGAGAGAGCCGGAGACGGUGGUGGAGGACAGUGACAGUGGACCCCACCAGAGUCCCAGCAUCUGUCCCUUUCCACAGUGCAAUAAGAGCUUCUCUGGAGCCAGAGCCCUGGAAAUGCACCUGAGCACCUCCCACAGUGGUGUCAAAAUGGAAGAGAGCCUCCCUCCUGGCACUAGCUUGAAAUGCACAAUCUGUAACUACACGGCGGAUUCUCUUAUUACAUUCCAGCAUCACAUCAUGUCUCACCUGUCACAGGCGGCCUUCAGAUGCAAUCACUGCCAUAUCAGCUUCCAGAGCCACAGGGAACUCUUACAGCAUCAGGACUUACAUGGGCACGGCAGCAAACUUCACAGGGAAGGCGACGGCACCGAGCAUUCCCCCAGGGGGCCGGAGGACAGCCUCCAGCAGCAGCAGCCCCGCGCCGAGCUGGCCAACAGGAAGGACGCUCUGAUGGGAAGUCCCAAAGGAGCCCUCAGCAAAGAGACCAGCACCGACGGGGAGACUGACAAGGCUGAGAAGAAGCCCCUGCUGUCUGCGCAGAAGGGUGAGGCCCACCCAGGCAGCAAAGCCAGUUUCUCCUACACCAGGAUCAAGUCUGAGCCCUCCAGCCCCAGACUGGCCUCCUCCCCCGUGCAGCAUAACAUGCCUACAUUUCCCAUGGGGCCAUUCUUGUCUCAGUUUGCUUUCUCCCAAGACAUUUCUGUUGUCCCACAGGCUUCAGAGAUUUUGGCUAAAAUGUCAGAGCUGGUGCACCGGAGGCUGCGCCAUGGAGGAAACAGCUACCCCCCUGUCAUCUAUAGUCCUCUCAUGCCCAAAGGAGCAACCUGUUUUGAAUGCAAUAUCACCUUCAGCAACCUGGACAACUACUUGGUCCACAAAAAGCAUUAUUGCAACAGUCGCUGGCAACACAUGACAAAGUCCCCCGACUUUUCCGCCCUCGCAGAUAAGGUGUCAGAGGCUGUAAGCCCCAACAGCGGUCACACUUCGGUCAGCAUGCUGGCUGGCUGCCACCCCGCAGAGGCCGACAGCCACCUCAUGCAGUCAGCUUGCCUCAGUUCCAACAUGCUGGACAUGAUCAACGCUGGCGCCAAAGGGCCCGAGAAGGACCUCUCAGGUCAGGUGAAGAAGGGCUCGACCCCCACCGGGACUGAGGACAGGCUCAACGGCAAGCAAAUGGAGGGGAAAAGCCCCACUACAGGUUUGGGGGAUGCAGAAAAUGAUCCAACCAAGACAACUUGCGACGCCUGCAAUAUCACCUUUAGUCGUCACGAAACGUACAUGGUCCACAAGCAGUACUACUGCGCCACGCGCCACGACCCCCCCAUGAAACGCAUGUCUAACAACAAGGUGCCCUCUGUGCAGAGAACCAUGAGGACCCGCAAGCGCAGGAAGAUGUACGAGAUGUGCCUCCCUGAUCAGGACCACCAGAGGCCCCCCAUGGGUCAACCGGGUUUCCUUGGAGUUCCUCCCAUGAACCCUUGUACGUCUCAGGAGGCCGUGGAGAGCCUUGCUGACCGUUUUCAACCCCGCUGUGAUAUCUUCCCAGGUAUGGUGCCCAAACACCUGGAGGCCUCCCUGACUGUCACUAAGUCUAUUCUGGCCCCUAAAUGCAACACAGUGGAACAGCAGGAGCUGGAUGCACCCAUUGAUCUCAGCAAAAAAUGUUCGCCAGUCCCUGACAAGACGUGUAGCUCUCCAAAAAGACUUUUGGACUAUCACGAAUGUGCAGUGUGCAAAAUAAGUUUUAACAAAGUGGAAAACUACCUGGCACACAAACAGAACUUUUGCCCUGCGACAGCGGCUGCUGCUGCUGCCGCCGUUGCUCAACAGCAACAACCCCAACAGCAGCAGCAGCAGGGUGAGAGCGGCAACCUGGAGGCUACUGCCUUUCCAGAUGUGAAGAGUGACGGCAACAACAACCCCGAUGACGGCUACAAGAGCCCUGGCAAAUGUGAAAAGAAUGGCAAUGGGAAGGUGACAGUGCAGAAUGGGGGAAUGUUCCCUCCUCACCUGGGGCCUGUACCUGGACUCAAACCUUUCACAGAGCCCCAGAUCGUCCCUUCAAAAGAAGAAAACAAGAACAUGUUUCUGCCCCACUGCCUUUAUCCCGGAGCAAUAAAGAAGAUGAAAGGUCCCGAGCAAAUAUCACCAUAUUUCGGAAUAAAGCCGACUGAUUAUGUGUCUGGGGCUCCAGCGGGGCAGGGAGAGGCGGGCGAGCCGGAGCCCAGCGUUAAUGGGGGAGGAGGAGCUGGAAAGACUGGAACGACCAGAGAGCAGACACCACAGACAGCUCCAAACGGCUGCCCCCACCCUGGCAAAGAACCCCUACCUUUGCUACCUAAGAACCGGGGCAUGGUCAUUGUCAACGGGGGGCACAAACCGGACGAGCGCUCAGGCACCGCUGCACCACAGCAGGAGAACCAGCCCCAGCCGGACACCCAACCCUCCAAUCCCUCGCCCACGUGGGCCAUGGAAAACCAGGCCGACUCCAACGAGAACAUGUCCCCUUCCUCCAAGUCCCCCAGCGAGGAGGCGGCCCCCGCUGCAAUCAAAGGAGUGAACGGCUCUGGAAGCGGCAAAUACUGCCGCCUCUGUGACAUCCAGUUCAACAACCUAUCAAACUUUAUUACUCAUAAGAAGUUUUACUGUUCAUCACACGCUGCGGAGCAUGUGAAAUAAGACCCUUCUCAGAACGUUCCUCCUGACUUUUGCUCCUUUUUCCUCCUUUGUUUGGGUACACUGUUGUGUCUAAAAUAGUGCAUCACGCAGUGCUGAACGCUGCUUGUGGACAAUCAAGAGAAGCUUCUUCUUUCAUCGUUUUCAGACUUUAAAAUGCAAAAAGCAUUGGUUUAAAAAACAAAAACAAAAAAAUCAAGAAGAACAUUGGUGCCACGUUCACUUUAAUUUAUUUUACAAUCAGUAUUAAUAGGAGUAGUGAUCUUAAUUUAAAUUCAAAAUGAAAUUUAUAUCAGAGUUGUUUGUAAUGUUAUUGUAUAGUCAUUCUUGUGUAGCACACAUUGUUUACACUGUAACGUAGGCUCAACGAAACAAUAGACAAUACAAAAACGAGAAGCAUUUUAGACACAAAAAUAGCUACUGAGACACUUGUGUAUUCUUAUUUGCUGUAUCAGUUUCUCUAUAUGUUCAAAAUGUCUCUUGCAGAUUGCUCCUGAUGACUCGACAGCCUUACAAGUCACCGUCUGGGGGGGGGGGGGGGGGGUUCCCAGGCCCGGCCCUGCAUUUCACAUUUUGGCAUAUGUAUCCAUGGCUUUGCAUACAUCUGUGGCUGUUUGUCUGUGUCUCUUUUCUUCAUCAGAUGUGGAUGUUUUCAUGAGGAUGACGACAUUCUUGUAUAGUACUCGUAUUUCUGUUUGAUGAUACACUUUGUUCUCCCUUUUUGAAAUUUGCUCUCAAUGCAAUACUUUGUAAAUGAGGGAACAUUACUGAGGCAGUAUUAUGAAAUGGGGAGUGUGCAUAUAAUUAUUUGUAACCCCCGAAGGGGGAGGGGGGAGGGGUGAAUCUCUACAAGAAUUAAGUUUAUUGCGGAUGAACAAGUUGGGUGGGAGGUCAGUGGGAAUACUGAUGUAAAAUGAUCAUUCCAAUGUCCUGAUUAUGGGAGAAAAUGUUUCUUAAAACGUUGUUGCUAUGCAUGUAUAUGGAUGGAAUUCAAUUCCAGAUCUGUUGGAAAUUUUUAUUUUGAUGUGGUGUCAUAAUUAAACUUAAAUCCUCAGGAUAAA